UCCAUAAAGAACCAAGAAAUAGUAUAGGCAUCAGGCAACAGAUCUUGGACAUUCUUACGUUCGAGACAUUAUGGUUUUGUUUUAUUGAACAACUUGGAUCAACUAAUAAUCGUGUCAAAUCUGUUCUCAUCAACAUCAUCGUCAGAAUAAUACCAUAUGUUCUGUGGGGUCUAAAAUCUGCACAUGUUAUUUGCAGGUUUGUAUUGAUGCCGCUAGCAGUAUUUGUCUUCCUAGCCUAUAAAUACUAGAAAACACGGAUAACAAUAGAUACAGUUGAGAAGUUCCUGCGAAUGCAGCAUAUGCUCGUUCCGAUGAGAUAUGCAUACACAAACAUCAUUGCUAUCACCGGCCAUUUCAGAGACAAGCUCGGACAAGGAGGCUACGGUUCUGUAUACAAGGGGGUGCUACUGCCAGGUGAAAUUCAUGUUGCUGUCAAGAUGCUAGGCAACUCCAAUUGUAACGGAGACGAGUUCAUCAGUGAGGUAGCCACAAUUGGAAAGAUCCACCAUGUCAAUGUUGUGCGCCUCAUUGGGUUUUGCUCCGAGGAAAAUAUCAGGGCACUUAUCUAUGAGUUCAUGGCCCGUGGAUCUCUCGAUAAGUACAUCUUCUCGUCGGAGAAGACAUUCUCAUGGGACAAACUCAACGAGAUCGUUCUAGGCAUUCCUAGAGGUCUUAACUACCUGCAUCACAGGUGUGAUAUGCAGAUAGUACACUUUGACAUCAAGCCACACAACAUCCUUCUUGAUAGCAGCUUUGUUCCAAAAGUUGCUGAUUUUGGGCUAGCCAAACUGUUCCCAAAAGAUGACAAUUUCGUGCCACUGAGCGCUAUGCGGGGAACGAUUGGCUAUAUAGCUCGAGAGAUGGUAUCUCGAAGCUUUGGUGUCAUAUCUAGCAAAUCCGAUGUGUACAGCUUCAGGAUGCUACUAUUGGAGAUGACGGGCGGGCGAAGAAACGCAGAUCCUCAUGCAGGAAGCUCCAGUCAAGCAUACUACCCAUCCUUGGUGUACAAGCAGCUGAGCCAGGGUGAUGCGAAUAGGAUUAGUGAAGGUGUUGAUAUGCACGAGUUAGAGAAGAAGCUAUGUAUCAUUGGGCUUUGGUGCAUCCAGAUGAAGCCGCAAGAUCGGCCGACGAUGAGCGAGGUCAUAGAGAUGCUUGAAGCUGGUGUCGAUGGCAUCCAAAUGCCUCCAAGGCCAUACUUUUGUGAUGAAGAGGGUGACAGUUCUUACUCUACAAUCUCUGAGCUCGAUACAAUAGAAGAGUAGUAGUGGUAGUAAAAUGCACUUGUGUCUGUGCUCGUAAUGUAUCAGACUAUUAAGAUUGCAAGGUUGCCAUAAGCUAAGGUACUGAUUGUAUACUUUUAUUGAGAGUGUGAUAAUGUGAUAUCAUAUAAAAUACCUCCAUGAAGUUUUUUACAAAGAACUCCUCAAGAAUAUUGUGUUUGCCUACAAGCA